UGCAAAAGAGCCUGGUAUUCUUGUCUGUUUGUGAGUCAGCAGAGAGCCUGUCAACAAAAGCUGGUUUGCUCCAGUAGAGGGAAAUCAGAAGCUUUUGAGGAGGUGCUAAUGUGUGCCGAAAGAGUGCCAAAACAGGGGUUCAACAUGGCCGACGGUUCUGUUCUUAUUCAACCCGAACACCAUCAAGGAAAUAUUUCAGUAGUGGAGCAUAAUAAAUUACACAUAAGACUCUUGGCAGUAUACUGUGAGUGAGACAUUAAACCUUAGUUUUUUUUCCAGUCUUUAGCUUUCCUGCAUCUUCAUCCUUCUUGCUGCUCGUAUUAUGUGAUGCUAUGUCCAAGGAGAGCGAAGUAGGACUGGAUUGUGUGACACAUGUGCUGGGAGGUAGUGAAAUAAAUCAAACAGCUGAAAUUCUGCUGUUUAUAGCUACAGUGGCAUAUCCUUGGGAUGAUUUAAAAAAUCCAACACCAACCAAACUACUGUCAGGAUUUUGGAACUGUUUCUGUUCCUGUUUCCUCUUUUGGUCAUUUUCUUGUCCUUGUUUAGUUAAUUAUGAUUCCUGGCACCUGUGUUUGUUAAUUAUCCUGUGUAUUUAAGUUCCUGUUUGUUCCUUUCUUUCUGCCGGGUCUACUGGUUAGUUACUUGUGUUAAUGCAAACCUAUGUUGCAAUAUCUCCAGCGUUUUCUGUUCAUUUGCAAGAUACGGUGUGACAGAAGACCCGGCCACAAAAGAUCAUGGCUGAGGACAAGCUGUGGGGUUUGCGGCAGACUGGUCAGAGGUUGGAACGGUAUGUGGAGGAUUUCCUUGAGCUUGCUAACCAGCUGAGCUGGCACAACGCAGCUCUUGGCGCGUGCUUUCAGCUGGGGCUGGACGACGUGAUGAUCUGCUGCGAUCUUCCCGUGUGGGAGUAUCCCCUGAUCGCAGUGGUGGAGGUAACAAAUUACAACUACUCACGUUACUUGCAUCAUGCUGAAGUGCAGAUUCAGAAUUGGACGUGUGGUUAUGGAGGACUCUGUCGUCGCUUCUGUUUUGAUCAAGAAUACAUUGUCGGUCACCAUGGUUGUCCACGUAGAUACAGAUGCUGUGCUGUGCGGUUUUAGCAGAAGAAGAAAAAAAGGUCACGAUCUUAGCAGGCCUCGACUGCUGAUUGAUUUGAAAAGCACAUCCUCAGAAGAAUGACUUCUUUAUUUAGAUUUCAGUUCUGAUAUGAAGCAAAUGGAAAAACUUAAAUUAUCGUUAUACAGUAUAACUAAUUCAUAUUAAUUAUCCUUUUGGCAUUUAACAAUAAUUUUAUAGAGGUGAAAAUAAUAUUCCUGUAAAACAAAAAAGUGUGUUCAUCUGAAGUGUGUGAGAAUCUCGAAAUAAAAAGCAGCUGAAGUAAUGAGCUGUGCAACAUUGCAUUUACACAUGGGGAUGAUAUUUUAGCAUACAACACAAGUGAGGCAGAUCACAAACUGAGUAAAGCUGAUGCGAGAGCUAAAGCAUGUCACCACCGUAAAUCCUGGAUUACAAUUAAUACAUGGUUCUUUUUCAAGAGAGGCAUGCCACACAUUUCCAACAUUUAACUCUAUUCAGUCUGUGUUUAUGAAAGCCAAAGGAUGGUCUGGUUUAAGUGGAGCCAGCUUUGCUCUGCAUUGUACAGCCACUAGACAAUAGCACAUCCAAUGAAGGCUCUGACCAAAAUAGCUGUUUUGGAAUGCUGCUUUUGCAAAUCAUAUAUUUGCUCAUUCACUAUCCAGAGAUUUUCUGUUUUGAUUACAUUAUUACACAAGUCAGUAGCCAUUCCCCAUGUGCUCAAAUCAACUUGAUUUUAUGGCAAAGGGUCACCAUAAAUAUUUUUAUUAUGCAAUAGGAUUUCCAAAAGAUUUUGUGUACCAAGAUAUAAAAAAAUGUUAUUUUUUUUCUAACAGGGAAGUAAGAUAUUUUCUUUGAAUGUGCAGUAGGCCUACCUCUGAUUCUUGAGCACUUGUAUGGGUAAAUAACUAGGAUACAAACAAAGUGCAAUAAAUGGUAAAACUAUUUGCACAACAAACCAGAGUGUUUAUGACUAUGAUAAUACAAUAUAAUAAUAUGAUUUUAAAAUACCAGUUUGUAACUGGAAG